CAAAUCUAACUUAUAAACACUAUCCACAUAAAGCGAUAAUCAAAUUUGAUACCUUGCUUGGCUGUGUGACGGAAAAAUUCCUUUUCCUGCUUAGGGAACGUAUUCGCUGCUGACACCUGUAAAACGGAUUGCCAGCAUCUCUUUAUUCUUAAAUUUGUUAUGAAGUUUACGAUAUUCCAUUUUUUAUUAAAAUUGAAAUGGCAUCUAUAAAGCUGCAGUUUUCCAUGAGGAUGAGAGUGUGCAUACUUUGAUCUUUUCCUUGGAGCUAUUUUAAUUUGUGGGCCAUGGACGCAGGAAUUCAUUCACUGUCCAGUGUCUUGCAAGAUUAUGCACUGCGAAUUCCAGUGGAAUGGUUGGUAAGUCUUCUACUACUCACUAGCAUGAUGUUGCAGCUUGUUUUGGUUGUUCUUGGUGCCCGCAGAUAUAAGAGUUCAAUUGGGUUUUAUCGUUUUGUGGUGUGGGGGGCUUACAUUUCUGCGGAUGCUGUGGCCAUAUCUGCACUGGGAACCAUGAUGCAUAAUGCUAGGAAUGGUAUAUAUGGAAUAUGGGCUCCAGUGUUACUGCUACAUUUGGGAGGCCCAGAUGCCAUAACCGCCUAUUCCAUGGCUGAUAAUGAGCUAUGGCUGAGACAUGGAUUCACUAUGGUUUAUCAGGUUUCAGUUGCAACGUAUGUUGUGUAUUCAUCAGCUUUGCAAGACGUAAGCGCGUUGGCUUCUGCUAUACUUCUGCUGGUUGCAGGAGCCACUAAGUAUGGAGAGAGGACGCUUGCCUUUUGGUUUGCUAGCUAUUCUCAAAUAGUUAAGUCAUGUCUGCCAAUUUCCAAAUACAUAAAGGAAAGCUCUUAUGUGCAUCGCCAUGGGUAUUUCAUUAUGGGAGAGGAGCAACUGCAGGAAAUGAUCGAAAAAGCAUCUACAUCGGAAGCGCGGCAAAAGGCGCCUUCACUGGAAGGAAGAGGGAUAGUAACUAUUUUGGAUGUCCAGAGUGCUAAUAUUGAAGGGAAGGACUACAAUCUCUGCUUUUCCCAUGCCUUGUUCAAAAUGUACAAGCGGAGGUUUGUAAAUUUGUAUUUUGAUGAAGGAGAAUGGAAGAGGACAAGAACUGUCUGGUUUGCGUUUACUGGAAAGGAAGCAUUCGGGAUUGUAGAGAUGGAAUUGAAAUUCUUGCACGAUGCCUUCUUCUCCAAGUGGAGCGGCACAACGUCUGGUAAGUGGGGACUACUAGUGCGCCUUCUAAACACCACUCUCAUGGGAGCCGUGGGGUUUCUGAUAUUGAGAGAAAGAGAAUACAGAGAACCACAGCGGACGGUGACAUACGUUGUGAUUUCAGUGGCACUUGUGGUGGAGCUGUUUCAAUUAUGCCAAAUGAUGAUAUCAAACUGGACCAGGGUCCACUUAAUUUGUGCUCGUGUUGACAAAAUUAAACGUCCCCACUCGCAGAGCGCUGUUAAGUGGUGCAGAAUCUGCAGACUAAAGGUGAUAGAGAUUGCUUUGCUUGUGCUAGGCAAGGUUCGGAAGGUGGUGAGAGGAGAUAGAUACCAGAGCAAUCGAAUUCAACAACACUGCCUGCUACAGGCUUGGCUUAACAGGCCUCCUUUAAUGUGGAAGAAAGUUGGACUAAAGGCUGAUAAUUUUAUUGUAAGCGGAUACAUUAAACUAAGGCACAUCCACAAAGUGUCUGUCCAAGAGGAGCUCAACGACUUCAUUUUUAAUAUUCUAAAGGUCAGAUGUUCUGUGCAGAAUGACAGUGAAGCAUGCAGAGAUAGAAUAUACAACUUUGAGGAGGAUUUGUUUGCAGAGGAAACCGAAAUCAUUAAUUUGUGGCUGUUGAAUGGCAAUCUGCAGGAGGUCAUUCUGAUAUGGCACAUAGCUGCCACAAUAUGUGACAGCCGGAGAGAAUCGUCAGAACAAAAUGAGAAUAACUAUCUUCAUUUGAUUAGAAUACUGUCAAGGUACUGUUCAUAUCUGUUACUGUCGCACCCCAAUCUUUUGCCUCUCCACCCAGAUAUGGCAAGGAUUGCAUAUGUGCAGGUUGUGGAGCAACUCACCUCGAAGGAAUAUAUUGGCAAAGAUCCUAGAGACCUGAUAAACUGCAAGGGCGAAGGGAUCGUAGGCAAGGCGGCAGGACUAGCCCGCUUUCUGAUGGGGAAACAAGAAGAAGAAAGGUGGAAGUUAUUGGCUGAUUACUGGGGUGGGUUGGUGAUAUACAUGGCUGUAUACAAUAAGGCACCAUUUCAUGCGGAGUGCGUGGGUGGUGGAGGGGAAUUUCUGAGUCAAGUGUGGGUUUUAUUGGGUCAUAUGGGAUGUGGAGAACAGUCUGAUUCUGCUGUGGGGAAGAAGAUUGAGAGGUCGGCGGAAGGAGAACGCAGAGAACGCAACGAACGCAGAGAACGUAGACGAAUUGAACGUAGACGCGUGGAACAGGAGCAGGAACGCAGAAAACGCAGACGCAUGGAACAAGAGCAGGAAAGCAAAGAAGAGGAUCAGGAACGCAAAGAGCAAGGAAGCAUAGAAGAGGAACAGCAACGCAAGCGACGGGAAAGCCUAGAAUUCUUGGAACAGGAGCGCAUGCAUCGGUAACUUCUGGAACGCAUGGAGGAAUGACAACGCAUAUGGUCUGUCACAUUCCUGUACAAAUUACGAUGGAAAUGAAAUGGAAACAAUUUCAUUUAUAUUUCAUGAUAUAGGCUAUUUGUAUAUGUAUUUUAAUGUAUUUUUUUGGAUUCGAUUGUGUGUAUUUUUUUCCAUCAACGUUUCGAAUCACACUCUGUGAUUCACCAUGAGGAUGAAAAGAAUUCCAAAGACAUGAAAGAUUUCUUUCAUGUCAAGGAAACGGUUUCCUUGACAUUUCAUG